GUGGCAGCAAUUAAAAUUUGCUUUCAAGUACAAAACAAAGCUGAAAUAGCAAUUAGAACCCUGAAGGCUAAACCCUGAAAAUUCUCAGCCUCGUCGUCCCCACUAUUACUCAAAGCGUGAGCUAUGGCGCGGUGGAAGCCUACUGCAGCCCUAAGAUCGACGGUUAAAGAGCGGAAGCCGAUUGAUAAGAAGCCGAGCAAUGCCGAACGAUCGGCUCUCUUCGCCAGACGAGAAGCCGCUAAAGUUUUGCGCAGCACGCUCCAGGGCGACGCCCGGCGCCGAGCCGUCGGCUCAAUUAAGUCGCUCGUUUACAGCCCUUCCGUCAGGAACAAAAAGGCUACCUUUGCCCUGGUCUGCCAAACUCUCAAGCAUCUCUCAAUUAUUAAGGAUGUUUUGGAGGAAGCAAAUGUUCUAAGUGCCAAGUGGAAGAAACACCAAGAACUAAUGUAUAUCAUCGCAUAUGAUUUACUCUUUGGACAGGAAGUUUCGUUAAGUGGUGAUGCUGAAAAGUAUCUCAUGCUGAAGAAAGAUGCACUACAAUCAGCUCUAUCACGUAUUUUAAGGCGUAAGGGAGUGAAAACUGUAGAAGACUUGCUGGGUCUUGAUAAAAAAUCUGAAGUAAGAAAACCUCGUUAUGUUCGUGUGAACACUUUAAAGAUAGACGCAGAAUACGCCAAAAGCGAAUUAAGACAACAAUAUUCGGUCCAAGAGGAUGACAUGGUGCCGGAUUUGUUGAUCCUCCCACCAGGUGCUGAUCUGCACAAUCAUCCUCUAGUCAAGAACGGAAGUAUUUUCUUGCAGGGAAGGGCAAGCUCGAUGGCUGCCGUAGCUCUUGGACCGAAACCUGGAUGGAAGGUCAUUGAUGCUUGCUCAGCUCCUGGUAACAAAACUGUGCAUCUUGCCGCUCUUAUGAAGGGCAAGGGGAAAAUUAUAGCUUGUGAACUUAACAAAGACAGGGUUAAGCGCCUGCAAGAUAACGUCAAACUGGCGGGAGCCAUAAAUGUGAAAGUUAAGCAUGGAGACUUCUUAAAUCUUGACCCUAAAGAUCCUUCAUAUUCGAAGGUACGAGCUAUACUCUUAGAUCCAUCAUGUUCUGGAUCAGGCACUGCCUUUGACAGAUUAGAUCAUUUACUCCCAUCGCAUAGCGCAGAAGGCACCUCUGAUCAUGUUGAUGUAAAGCGACUUCAGAAGCUUGCCGGUUUCCAAAAGAAGGCUCUAGAACACGCAUUAUCUUUCCCAUCAGUGGAGAGAAUUGUUUACAGCACAUGCUCAAUACAUCAAACUGAGAAUGAAGAUGUUGUCAACUCUGUUUUGCAUUUUGCUUCAUCACUUGGCUUCCAACUCGCAACAGCGUUUCCCCAAUGGCCUCGUCGUGGUCUCCCUACUUUCGACGGGUCUGAACAUUUGUUACGAACAGAUCCAACGAUCGACAAAGAAGGCUUCUUCAUCUCUCUAUUUGUUCGAGAAGGCCUUGCACAAAAUGAAGAACACCAAAUUCGCAGAAACUCCCAUAGCAGGGCUAGAAAACCUCUAAACAUCUUCGUGGCGAAAAUGCUUAAAGUUUCGAGGCACCACCGAUUUAAACUCUCUUGCAACAGAGCAAAUGCAGCAUCGUCUCGAGGUAUCUAAACUUUUUUGUAGACUAUUUAUUAUACGCAAUUUUUCAACUUCAAAAAUUUUGAUACAAAAUUGAGUAUAAAGAUGUUGAUUUUUAGUGCAAGAAGAUUGAAUUCAAAACAUA